AUGCGUUCACUCGCUCUUCUUAGUCUCUCGGCCCUGGCUGCAGCGGCCAUCACACCACAGAACAUACUGGAUCAGGAUGAAGUCAUCGAGAGGGAGGCGGGCCGGGAAUACACCGUGAAGCUGGGAUGCGUCGGAUGCCCUGUUCGUGUCUGGACGAGCCCUGAAAAGGCGGAAUGGCUACAUCCGCCUCCGAACAGCUCGCUAUUGCUCAAGUUCGACAUGACCGAGUUCAACGAUGCGUUACUCCUCAACGGCAAUCGCAUCUUCCCUCUGGACCCCAUGCCCCUUCAUAUCAAUGCCGUACAGGUAUCCACCAAUAUGCAGCAGGACGAGAUGGAAUCCGAAGACGAAGACAACGACACAUUGGAGCUAUACAAGCACAGGAGAAUGAUGUUUCCGCUCCAAUACCAGCAUACCAUCUUUCGCGCUCAAAAGCCCGAACACUUGUGGCUUCAAUUCAACGUGACUGGUCUGCCCUGGGGAGAAGGACCUGAGCCGAUCAAGAUGGGUCAGAAGGUCGUUCAGAUAUUGUUGCACAAGGAAUAUGAUGAGCACCUUGUGUAUGACAAGAACUUGGGCGGUCCCUACAUCCUCUCCAUCCAAGACGUACAAGUUGUUGAGGCCAAGAACAGAAUGCAACCACCUAGGAUGAAGUGUGGAAAGCUGGCUAUGAUGCAAACGUCAUUCGAUCCAAGCGAAUGGGACGAGUAUGGCAAAAUUGGCACGUGGUCGAGAACCUGGAACUUCUUCGUUGGCAAAAUACAGCUUGGAGGAAAUACCCUGCUUCUUCCGCUCUUUGCACUGGUUGCGGCUAGCCUCAUCAUGGCUCGUCGCCUGUUCUUGCGAAGGCAGCAGGAAAAUACAAGCACCGACUCGGAUGCCGAGACUGCUUUGUUGGGCCGCGACGCCCCUCCACCGUACGCAGACAUCCCGGUGAUCAAGAUUGAAGAGUAUGAUUAG